AUGGGUCAACACGAGAUCGAGCUGCCGAUCAUUUGUGCUGGCGUUCCGCAGCACUCCUAUGCCUUCGAGGCUGCCGCGCUGCCGACAAAAACAGUAAUUGUGUACGCGGACCGGGCUGAGGUCAAGCGCCACGUGCACACCCAGCUUGCCAAGGGCACCAAUGAGAUUAUUAUUCAGAACGUCUCCGCGGUCAUCGAACGCCAAUCCGUACGAGUGGAUGGCAACGGAGUACUCAUCCAAGAAGUGCAGUACCAGGAGAUGCCCAUCGAUACUCUGACCGAAACGGAACGAGUGCGCACGCUCGAGGACGAGAAGUUCGACUUGGAAUCCAGGAAGGCUGAGCUGGAGGACGAGAUCGAGUCCCUCAAAACGAGGGCGGAAGUUUUGGAUGGAGUCGCUGGACAGAUUGCAUCUGGCUCGAACUCCCCCUUCAGCUCUCCGGAUAUGUCACCACCCAUGGAGCGUCCAAUCGAAAGGCGGCAUUCUACAAACCAAAUCACCUGCCAAAUCGGACAAAAGCCGAGCCCGGCCGCCUGCAUGAACUUCCUGAUGGACGGGGAUUGCCUAAAGAAUUUGGCGACUUUCUUAACUUAUUACGGCGAAACCGUCCGAUCCCUAAAAGCCGAAAUGCGCGGGAAGCAGCGAGAAUGCGAACGCUUGCAUGAGCAAAUCGAGCACCUGGAGCGCAGGAUUGAUCAGCUCAGGUGUGGCUACGAGUAUGACUCGAUCAAGCGCAACAUCUCUAUCAUCGUGGAGGUAGAGGCAAACAAGGAGGCCGAUCUUUUUGUGACGUAUCAGGUCUAUUGCGCUGGGUGGAAGCCGACGUACGACAUCCGGGCUUGCUCGACGCUUGAGGAGGAGAAGGAGAAUUCGACGGUCAAGCUCUGCUACUACGGACUGGUGGAGCAGAACACUGGUGAUACGUGGGCCGACUGCGACUUGGUGCUCUCUACGGCUUGCCCUACAGUAGGAGGAUCACCGCCGGCUCUCGGGACGCUGAGCGCCACUCUUCAGAGGCAUUCUAAGAACCUCCGCCAACGACACGGCUCGGCUCGAAGGAAGCCGAUCAUGAGCGCGGCUAGCGAGGAAGAUAUGGGCUUCGGGUCGUUCGACUACAACGAGCUAGUCGAUGCGGCUGCCAUGCAGAGACUGACACUAGCGCAUAUGUCUUCGGACUCCAACUCUUGCUCGUCCACCCCGUUGGAGACCCAAUCGUCGGCUUGCUUCCCAAUUGCGCGGCCGGUGACAAUUCCGUCGAAUGGAAUUGAGCACAAGGUUCUCGUUGCACAGGUCGAGCUCGGCUGCCUCUUCCGCCAUGAAGCCGUCCCCUGCAAGAGCACCUCUGCCUACCUCUCCGCCAUGGUCACAAACUCUUCAGGCUUUCCCUUGCUUCCGGGCAGCCUUUCCGUCUACAUGAAUAAUAGCUUCGUCUCAAAGAGCCACAUCAAUUUCGUAGCGCCCGGCGAGGAUUUCCGGUGCUGCCUGGGGCUGGACCCCGCCGUCAAAAUUGAGUACAAAUCGCCGUCGAGGGUCGUGGAACAGGUCGGUUUCAUGUCGAAGAGCUCGCUCAUCACCCAGGAGCAGAUCAUCCAUCUGCGCAACGCCAAAGUAAACCAAACCGUCCAACUGACGGUCAAGGAGUAUAUUCCAAAGAGCAACGACGACAAGAUCAAGGUCGCCAUCGUUUCGCCCGAAGUCCGAGGCAAGGGCCAGGAAGCCCGGCUGAACAAGGAGCACAACCUCGAGUGGAGCGUCACCCUCGCCCCUGGCCAAUCGAAGGACCUCUCCGUCAAGUAUACGAUGCGCCUUGCCGAGGGCGUCCCCACCGACGAGGAAGAGAUGGCCGUUUACCUAAAAGCCACCACCCAGGCGCUGCCCCAAAAUUUCACUACUCCGCCCCGAAACCCGGAACCUUUUGGUGUAGGGCGCCCGCGCACCUGCACUCGGAGCAUCUCCACCUACGUCUCCAUCGUGGCCGCCAUUUUUGUGUAUAUUGUACAAACCGGAACACCAACCGUCAGCUCAGCAUAUUGCCUGACUUCCGAAGCUUAUACACCCGGUAUCUGGAAGUACAUGCUAUACUUCCGGAUGAGUACGCUUGUCAUUAGUAGCGCGCUGUAUCUGCCGAUUACUUGGAAAAUCUUUAAGAUCACCAGCACACUAAAGGCGGGCCUAACUGGCGAGACGUAUACACGGAAAAUGAUAAAAACAACGCGGACUAUUGGUUGUACGAUACUUUCCGAGUUUUUCCUGGUCGUUAUCCCGGAUAUUUUCUUGAACUAUAAUCCCUUUGGACUCGCGAGAUAUCAGGUCGUCUGGUACAACUGUCAUGUGGCGAAAGGCGCUGUUAACGUCUUCCUCGUCACGCUACAACACGAGGAAAUGACAAAGGUGCUGACGAAAAAAUGGAGACGACGAUCAACACUCGCUUCUACACACCUCCUCACACAGAUGAUUGACGAUGCUCAAGUCUUCUGCGGCCGCAUGAACACGAUGAGCACGGCCCUAAGUGAAUAUGAUACCAAGGUGUCG